ACUUAACCUAAGUAAUUCAAAUUUUUUGUUCAACAAAUUAACGUGCUUGACAAAAUUUGUUUAUUUUCUAUCCACCCUACCAUCUUUUCGAAACAACAAGUCACUCAUUCAUGCAAACGAAAUCUCUGCUGACCAGUCGAUUCGCUCAUUCCGGCAAAACCGGUCAACAACAGUCGCUUUCUUGUUGUGUCCCCUUUACCUUCGAUAGGAGCCAUGCAGCAAUCAAAAUGCUAUUGUGGUCCAGGCUACGCCACUCCACUGGAUGCUGUACGCGAUGGGCCCCGGGAGAAGUUGCUAUACGUGGUCACUGUUCAGCCGGAUUUGGACGAACCCCACGGGGAUUAUCUGUCGACGGUCGAUGUUGACCCGGAGAGCUCCACGUAUUGUCAGGUCAUACAUCGAACCUUCACGAAUAGCAAGGGAAAUGAGCUUCAUCAUAGCGGCUGGAAUACUUGCUCGAGCUGCCAUUUCGUGGGAGAUGAAAGCAAAGCACCGAAACGAGAUCGGCUGAUUCUACCGUGUUUGACGUCGGAUCGGAUCUUCGUGGUUGACGUCGCUACAAAUCCACGGGCGCCUACCGUUCACAAAGUUAUCGAACCAGAUGUGCUGAAGAAUGCGAACGUUACUGCUCCUCAUACGUCCCACUGUUUGCCAAACGGAAACAUUAUGAUUUCGAUUAUGGGCGAUGCCGAUGGGAAAGCCAAGGGAGACUUUGUGGAGUUUGAUAAGAACUUCAACUUUGUCGGAACAUGGACCAAGGGAGAUAAAGUGGCCAUGUGUGGAUAUGACUUUUGGUAUCAGCCCUUUUUCAAUGUUAUGGUCGCCUCCGAAUGGGGUGCCCCUCGUCUGUUUCGUCGUGGCUAUCAUCCUUCGGACAUCGAGGACCCUACUCAGUACGGGCGGCGUUUGAAUUUUUACAAAUGGAACGAACGCGAAUUGUUCCAAACAAUCGAUCUCGGCGAAGAAGGAAUGACUCCACUAGAGAUAAGAUUUUUGCAUAAUCCAAAAGAAAACCAAGGUUAUGUGGGCUGCACUCUAUAUUCCAAUGUCUAUCGUUUCUACAAAGACGAAAAUUCGGACAAGUAUCUGACGGAAAAGGUAAUUGAUUGCCCGGCCAAGAAAGUGUCAGUGGAUGGAAAGGAACCGGAAUUUGUCAAUGGUAUGAUGACCGAUAUUCUUAUCUCUCUCGAUGACCGGUUCCUUUACUUCAGCAACUGGAUGCACGGAGACAUUCGCCAGUACGACAUAACCGACCGCCGGAAUCCUAAAUUAACCGGCCAAGUCUGGUUGGGUGGUUCCAUUCUGAGUGAUUCCAAAACAAAAGUCCUGGAAGACAAAGAACUGACCAAACAGCCGGACCCAACAUUGAUUGAGGGCCGACGUCUUCUAGGCGGGCCCCAGAUGUUACAACUGUCACUGGACGGCAAACGCCUGUACGUGUCAUCGAGUCUGUUCUCGCCCUGGGAUAAACAAUUCUACCCGGACAUGGUCAAGGCAGGUGGGACAAUUGCGCUAAUUGAUAUCGACACGGUCAAUGGGGGCAUGAAGAUCAACGAAAGCUUUUUGGUCGAUUUCGGUAACGAGCCGUACGGUCCAUCCCUCCCGCACGAAAUGAGAUAUCCCGGUGGUGAUUGCACGUCCGAUAUCUGGAUCGUGAACGAAUGAGUUCAACUGUUUCGAUAGGAGAGGAAGAGUUCAAACGGAUGCUCGCGAAAGCAAAUAAAAAUCCAUUUCCGGUAAUUGCAAAAUUACAUAGCAAUGCUUCUGCCAAGCGGCAGUUCGAACGAUUUCCCAUUGCUAGGGUGCAGUUGCGUAUCAUUGUACUCGAGGAUUGUAUCUUUUUUUAAAAUGUUUUUUAAAUAAACCUCUUUA